ACACACACACACUAUAAUCUGAUUAGCAGCGGUGUCUGCCAGCAUGCGUCUGUGUGUGUCCAUUUGUAUCUGUGCCUUCAUGCAUUUGUCUCCUUGUGUGAUUGAACACACAGCGAGGAUUAGCAGCAGAGUCUGAGGCACAAGCUGAGUUUUGGACUCUAACGUUUCCUGAUUCUUUGGCUUGGUCAUGGUCAGCAGCUUUACCCACCAUGCCUGUGUUUUACUCACCUGUUCCAGAGAACCUGCAGUUGGGCCUGAGCUACAUGGGAGGCUCGGUGUUCACCAACAACAGGACGGCAGACAGCGACUUCAGCAGGGAACAGGAGGACGCCAAUGUGGUCAAUGAGCUUGUUUCUCAUCUUCCCCUGCAGAUGAUGCUUUACUUCAACAUGUUCUAUUUUCCCUGCUGGUGGUUUUCUGCUGUUUUCAUGUUGGAAGUGAAGUUCUAUUAUCUUCCGGGGUACUACCAGGCUCUGCUCAUCACUGGUAUGAUCCUCCUCACAGUCAUUGAGGUGGUCCGGCUUUAUCUCGGCUACAUUGGCAACCUUAAAGAGAAGGUGCCAGAGCUGGCAGCUUUCUGGCUCCUGUCUUUCUUGUUCCAGCUGCCAGUGCUGCUGUUCUUCGUGACUGAUGAAGGAAUUAUCAUCCUGCCACUGGAGAGAGCUGUCCACUCCCUCUACCUCCUCUUCCUAUUUGCAGAGAUCCUGGCCUCCUUUCUGGCGCUGAGGACCAUGACACGAAAACUCACCCUGCUCUUCCAUCUGCGCCAGUUUGGCAAGGUGCAGAGCUUUCAGCAUGCAGGGAUGAGCCCUGUGUAUGGGAUUCCAUACCAUCGCAGCGUGCUGCCUGUUUCAUCAGCACAUGAUAUGUUCAACUAAAGCAUAAAUAUCCAUGCAAUAAUAUCAACUUGUAUUGUUAGAUAUUUAAAAUUUGAGAUGUCUUUAGCGUUCUUAUUUACUGUACUUGUGUUUACUUCCGGCCCCUACAACUGCAUUUUGAGGUGUAAAGUAGCUAUGGCUCCCAGAAUACUUCUCAACAACUCUAUGAGAAUGAAAGCUAAUGUUUUACCUGAAAUUAAUUGUGCUAUUUUGAGCAUAUAAAUACAGCCAUCA